AGACAGCUCCAUAGGAGGCUCAGCAGCUCUGACUGGCUCCGCUGGAUGGAGAGUUGGGAGGGCGCAUGCGCACUGGCAGCUCAUUCAGCCUCACAUCCUAAAUGAGCCACAUUUGUUGCCAACUCUUCAUUUGAGCCGUGAGCCCACCCUGCCGAGCUCGUCUCCAGCUCCUGCCACCCCCCUCCUCCUACCCUGGACAUCCUUCUUCCUCCCUGGCAGGAUGGCAGCCCAGCAUCGCCCCCCAGGACAUAGCUGAGAGCUGCUCUCUGUCUGGGGGCUCCCAGGGAGGGGGUUACCCUGAUGGAUUUGGGUACCGCUGGGCAAUCGUGUGAAGUGCUGCCAGGGCUGCAGAUCUCCAGCACAGACCCCCCUCUCUGCCCAGGGGUGGUGGUACACUUCUGGGGCUCUGGCAUCUUGAGCGGCACAAGGCUUUCUUCUUCAUCUGACCACACAGGACCUCUUCACACCCUUCCCACCUGGAUACCCAUGGCUGAAUCUGGCAUGGAAUGCCCACUCACUUUGGAUUUCUGACCUGGCAUUUGGGACGGGGACACGACAAAGCUUAUCUGUCAUUUGGAUUAUAAGAGGCUUCACCAUGGCACUGGAGAAAGUCUACUUUAUCCUAGAAGUUCUGCUGAUUACUAUAUUGGUCGUAGAGGGAAUUGCCGUGGCGCAGAGGACGCAAGAUGGACCAGUUAUGGGAGCGAAACACAUCCCUGUGACCCAGUGUGGCACCUGGGUCAGAACCAGUAACGGAGGACACUUUGCAUCACCAAAUUUUCCCAACACCUAUCCUCCGAACAAAGAAUGUGUCUAUAUAUUAGAAGCUGCUCCUCGCCAAAGAAUUGAGCUGACCUUCGAUGAGCCCUACCACAUAGAACCUUCCUUCGAAUGUCGCUUCGAUCACCUAGAAGUACGAGAUGGUCCGUUUGGCUUCUCUCCGCUCAUCGAUCGGUACUGCGGGAUUCGGAGCCCGACAGCAAUCAGAUCGACGGGGCGCUUUAUGUGGAUUAAGUUCACCUCCGAUGAAGAGCUGGAAGGCCUGGGGUUCCGAGCGAAAUAUUCCUUCAUUCCAGACCCGGAUUUCAGCUAUCUCGGAGGUAUUCUGAGCCCCAUACCAGACUGUCAGUUCGAUUUAUCCGGACCAGAUGGAAUUAUCCGAUCCAGUCAGGUGGAACAGGGAGAUAAACUCAAAGCAGGCCAAGCUGUAGACUGCAUAUGGACUAUAAAGGCAACGCCGAAAGCUAAGAUUUAUUUACGAUUCUUGGACUACCAAAUGGAACAUUCCAAUGAGUGCAAGCGCAACUUUGUAGCGGUCUAUGAUGGAAGUAGCUCCAUAGAGAAUCUCAAAGCCAAAUUCUGUAGCACGGUGGCCAAUGACGUCAUGCUGCAGACAGGAACGGGGGUGGUGCGGAUGUGGGCAGAUGAAGGGAGCCGACUCAGCAGAUUCCGAAUGCUCUUUACAUCAUUUGUGGAACCUCCGUGUGGGGAAAACACCUUCUUCUGCCACAGUAACAUGUGCAUUAACAACUCCCUGGUCUGCAAUGGCAUACAGAACUGUGCCUACCCCUGGGAUGAAAACCACUGCAGAGAAAGAAAAGAAGCUGGACUGUUCGAGCAAAUUACCAAGACCCACGGGACCAUUAUUGGAAUAACCUCCGGGAUCGUCUUGGUCCUCCUCAUCAUUUCCAUCCUGGUCCAAGUCAAACAGCCUCGUAAAAAGAUCAUGGCCAGGAAGACCGCGUUCAACAAAACUGGCUUUCAGGAGGUUUUUGACCCGCCCCACUACGAGCUCUUCUCCCUCAGGGACAAAGAGAUCUCCGCCGACCUGGCCGACUUGUCCGAAGAACUGGAGAACUACCAAAAGACGAGGCGCUCCUCCGCCACGUCCCGCUGCAUUCACGACCACCACUGCGGCUCGCAGACGGCCACUCUCAAACACAGCAGGACCAACCUGAGCUCCAUGGAACUUCCGUUCCGCAACGACUUUGCCCAGCCGCAGCCCAUGAAAACGUUUAACAGCACCUACAAGAAAAGCACGUACGCGUUCAAACAGUCGCACGACUGCGGCGACAAAGGCAUCGAAGACCGGGUCAUGGAGGAGAUCCCUUGCGAAAUCUACGCGCGCGGCCGAGAAGAGUGCGCUCAAGGAUCGAUAUCGAUUGACUUUUAAAACCCCCCCCUCACAGAAUUCA